UUUCUAGUCCGCUUCGGACCCGCGGGCGAGAGUUUGGUCACGUUCUUCUCCCCUCAGCGAUGACAGGCCGCGAGGAGCCCCCAGUGGAGGGCAAAGCCAAGGGGAAAGUCUUGGCGCCCAGUGGAGGCGGCAACGAGAAGGCGCGCAUGGGCAGCCCCACGGGAGGCCCCCUGCGCUCCACGCGCGGCUUCGCCAUCACCGACCUGUUGGGCCUCGAGGCGGAGCUGCAGCCUCCCGCCGCCUCGGGCUGCGAAAGCGGAGGGGCGGCGGGGCUCGGAGGAGGAGGAGGGAGCGGGGGAAGCGGGGGCCCCUUGCCCUUGGGUUUGGGGUUCCUCUGCGGCUUCGCCAGCCCUCCGCCUACUUCGGGAGCGCACUGCCUCUUGCCGGCCCACCUGCCCUUCCUCCAGCACCAGCCCCAGGCUCACCCUCCGCACCACCACCACCACCACCCGCCUUCCCAGCACCACCACCCGCACCACCACCAGUAUGGGGCCGAGAAGCACAAGGAGAACAUCUCUGAUGAAGAUAGUUUAUCAGGUGACAAGAACAGUUUGAAGAUUUCUGACUCUCAGAUCAAGAGAAAGAAACGCCGGCACAGGACUGUGUUUACUGCUCAUCAACUGGAGGAACUGGAAAAGGCUUUCAAUGAAGCUCAUUAUCCUGAUGUGUAUGCAAGAGAAAUGUUAGCUAUGAAAACGGAGCUCCCUGAGGAUAGGAUACAGGUUUGGUUUCAAAACCGAAGAGCCAAGUGGCGGAAGCGUGAGAAGUGCUGGGGCCGCAGCAGUGUGAUGGCUGAAUAUGGCCUCUACGGAGCCAUGGUGAGGCACUCCAUCCCACUACCAGAAUCAAUCAUCAACUCUGCCAAAAAUGGGCUUGUGGGCUCUUGCGCCCCUUGGCUGCUUGGAAUGCAUAAGAAGUCAGUUGAUGUUCCAAGGAAGUCUGAAAAUGAAGAAAAGGGUAAUGUUGUCUGGAAAUCUGAGCUCCCUGAAGAGGAAUUAAAGAUAAAGCCAGAAGAACAGGAUCAAAGUUCCAUUGACAAAUUCAGUGCCAUGGACAAUUCUGAAGACAUUGCGAUGGAUCUUUCCAGCACUGCAAAGCAGGAGAAAAAGAGCAGCACUUUGAGACAGAGUCUGAAUGGAGCAUCACAUCCCAAAAUAAAAGACAGUGAGCGCUAAGUGUGGAACAUCAGCAGCACAGGGUGGUGGGUUAGAGGGUAGGUAUGAACCACAGAUAAAAAAGAUAAGCAAACUUCUCCAUUGCUUGGAAAUGUGAAUAUUUAUUUAGUAUUUUUCCUGCUAGGUUAAUGCAUUUUACAUGCAGAUGGGACCUGCCCAAAAUAUUAUUUAUUUUUUCAUCUUUAAAAUUCUUUAUAUGUAAUGGAGAUAAUGAAUAGGUCUAGCUGAAUUCUCCUCCCUUUCAAAAGUCACACUAAGUCACCUUUUAUUCGCAGCUCCAGAAAAUGCUAAUAAUGUUCCCUCCUGUAGCAGAAAAACCACACAACUCUAGAAGUACCAUAUUUACUAAAAUCUAAUGCUCACCCUUUUGGCUAAAUUACAUAGCCAAAUGUGAGGUGUACAUUAGUUUCGACAGCAUGUCUCCUAAACUAAACCAAGGGAUGAUGAUUAUAAAACUGAUUUUAGUUUUGUUUUGAGAGAUGUUAAUCCUUAUGAAUUAGAAGGAUUUCUGGGUUCUACACUCCAUGGUCCAACGAGAUUGUUAUUAGGAUCAAACCCAUACAGACAAAAUUUGUGCAUAGUCUGGGAAAGCUUAAGAGAUAUUUCAAGAGAUGGUCACAGUUUAGUGGCCAGGUUCUAAUUGUUUGACCAUGGCUUAACCUUUUUAAUAUUUAUAUAUAAGCUGCUUCUGAUAUUAGCUGCUACUGUAGAACUGGAAGAGCUUUCCUCUGUACUGUUGGAGGCACUGUAAACUUCACUGUGGAGUCUGGAAAAGAGGUCUCACAAGGCGCAUAACUGUAUAGCAUUGCUAUCUUUGCCUUUUGCAUAAAAGGGCUUUGAAAAUGGACACUUUGUAGCCAAAACACACAUUUUUUUCUUAACUUUUCAUAGAAAGCAAAACUGUAUGUAGCUCCUUGUAUACAGCUUGAUGAAAAUUUGUUGGCACAGAGACAGAAUCCACUAAACCAAUGAUGUUCACCAUUUGGCUCUCCAGAUGGUGUUGGGCUUAAACUCAUCCCUCUCUGUUGGCUAUAAUGGCUAGGACUGAUGGGAUUUGCAGUCUACUAUCUGGAGGGCCACAGUGCAUCCACUUCUGCUUUGGGAGCUGGAUUAUCACCAUCUGGUCACCAGUCAAUGUGAUGGCCUUUCCACACCUGGUGAACUCAGUGCGUCCAAUCUCUAGUCAUCAAGAUCAAGAAUAAUAAUAAUAAUAAUAAUAAUAAUAAUAAUAAACAGGAAGUUUCAACCCAUUUGGACGACAUCAUCUUUGAAAACUCUGGUUGUGUAUACCAGAUAGAUUUACAUAAUUUCUGAUACCUUUCUGUUUGUACUCACUUGAAUUGGUUAGUUGCAAACUGUUUUGGAUCCCAUGGCGGGAGAAAGGCCGUAAAUUGAAUCAAGGAAUGAUUUUCAAGGGGAAUUGCACCAGCACAGCAUGCUCAAUGUAAAUUGGGCAAAUUCCAAUUGUUAAUCUUAAUUAAGAUGGGCUUGUUAAAUCAAUAGGAACUUGGUAAAUCAACAUCUAAGAGUUCUGUUAGUUCAGUUGAUCUACUGUUGUUAAUCAUCAUCAUCUUUAUUUCUAACCUGCCCUCUCUCCCUGAAGGGACUCAGGGCAACUUCCAUAAACAAAAGCGGCAAACAUUCAAGACAACAAUUAAAAUGAAAUAUAACAGCCUUGGCUAGAAAUAUAAAAGCAUAUAAAUCUGGGAUUAAGGACAGGGUAUAGGCCAGGAGUUGGAAUUGUUUGGCACUCCAGAUAUUAUGGAAUAGAAAUUCCUGGCAUUCCUUACCAUUGGUAUGUUGGCCUCAAAAUUCCCACCCUUAAUUAGGGCAUUGUUCCCAAUACCCAGAUAUCAUGUGGAAUUACACAUGAAAACUAACAACCCCCCUUUUUGAUGGGUGGUGGUGGUGGGUCUGAAUGAUUUCUUGACCUUCAGGAAACUCAGGACAACCUCAGCAUAUGAUAGAGCAGAACAAAUGAUCACAUUAGGGGUUUUGCUUGCACCAAAUGAUGUGUUCGUAUCAGGGGCCCUUUAUUUGUUUUAUAGAAGCUGCAUCAAGGUGUGCUGUAUGGCACAUUUAUAAUUAAGGAGUUCUUCCCUUCACUGCUGGCUUCAGUGUGAGAAUGAAUUGUAUGGUGCAGCUGCAAAAAUUUGGGGAAAAAUAUGCAAUAACUCUACGUAUUUGAAUGUUACUUGCUAUGCUAUGCAUAAUAGAAUUCAAACAUUUAUGGGGGGAAAUCAAGCCAUAGAAAACAGUCAAAAUAAGGCUAUUUUGUAAAAUGUCAUAGGAAAAUAUUUUGUAAUAUGUCUGUAAAAGUGUUAAUGUUUUGAUUCCUCCUGACUCCCCUUCUCUUUUUAUAUUGAUGUCCAGAAGCACUUUAGAUACCUGUAUUUUCUGAAUGUUAUCCUCCUUACAUUGUUUGUCAUUUAUUUAUUAAUAUGUAUUCAUAAAUAAAAGUCUUGUGUUUCUUUGUUGA